AUGGCUCAUGUAACGGGUAAGAAAAUGGUGGGUAAAGAUAAUGUCAAACGCCCGUCAGUGGGUGGGAAAGGUAUAGGAGAUAUGGAGAAAAAUUCAAAAGUACGAAAUAAGAGUAAGAUCCCCAAAGCGUUACGUUACGAUCUAGAAAAUGCAUUAGUGAAUCUAUGUGAUGUCUGGUUUGAAGAAAUAAAGCCACAUUUGAUUCGCAACAAUAUAAAACUGCACGUCCACGAGAACCACGCUGGUGGCGAAGGCAGCAAGUUGCCACAUGGAGCACCUGGAUGUCCCCACCUCGACCCAGGUGCUGCUUCUGAUCAACGACAUCGUCGCGGUGCGAGCUGUGCAGACUGCUGUCCAACGCCUCGAACAGCAUCGAGAGUGCCAUGUCGCAGGCUGCAUCGGCACCGUUCUUCGCCUCGACGCCACAGGCCAUCGCUGUCUCCGAAGGAACAGCAUUGCCGUAGCGGUCAGGAGAGCUCUCAAAGAAGAACGAGAAAACGUCGAAAAGCUCGGAAGCAAACGCAGUCCGAAAUUAGGUUACGAAUACCUCGACUUUGUAAUAAUUUUACUUUGGAAUCUAAAUCUAAUCAAGUUCAAAGGAAAGUGGGACGCUGUCAAAAUAAUAUUAUAAAGGCUAUUAAUAAUAAAUGUAGGACAAAAGACAAGUACACACAGACUGAGGAUUGCGGUAUAGAGAGAAAAGAUGAUACAAAUACGCUCAGAUCCCUAUACGCUAAUGAAAGGAGACAAGUAUCGAAUUAUCAAAGUAAAUUAAGAAACGAGACGGUUAGAAGACCAUUAUUUCAAAAGGACCUCGUCGAUAUUAUUUGUAAAAAGCACAAUAAGGUGUUGGAAGUGAUUUAUAAAAGCCCUUCGAAGUCAGAGAUCUCAUCGGUUAUGAAUUUAAUUCCGGUGCCAGAAGCUCGAGAUAAAAAUUGUAAAAGGAAACAAAAGAAUCGACCGUGGAAAUAG